CACCACACCUCACCUCACCACACCACACCACAGGACAGCACAGGAUAGGACAGUGGCGUGUUUGCAUGAAAAGGACUUGAGAGUAAAAGCAGGCGUGGACUCAUCAAACAACUUCGGAUUCUCCUUUCGACUGCAAGACUUUUACACUUUUUCAAUUCAUUUUAAUUCCCCGCAGGACUUUUUUUACAUUUGGAUGCCAAAUGUUGUGUUUUGACGGGGAAGGACAAAACGCCUGAGUGCGCGUGCGCGUACAGGUACGACACACCCGGAAGAAGAAGAAGAAGAAGAAGAAGAAGAAGAAGCCGUACGUGGUGCAGGUUUCAUAAGUCGACCAACAUGGCAAAGUUGUGAAGUGGAUCCUUGUGAAGACAUGAUGAAGAGCGUCAAGAGGAAGUUGUACGUGCUGAUGGACGUGCUGUGUGUCCUCGUGGCGGCACUGCCCUUCAUCGUCAUGACCAUCGUCUCCAAACCUUACCAGCGAGGCGUGUACUGCGACGACGAGAGCAUCAAGUACCCACUAAAGUCCGACACCAUCAGCCACGCCAUGCUGGCAGCCGUCACCAUCUCCUGCACGGUCGUCAUCAUCACAUCAGGAGAAGCGUACCUGGUCUACAGCAAGAAGAUCUACUCCAACUCCGACUUCAACCAGUACGUAGCGGCGCUCUACAAGGUCGUGGGCACCUUCCUGUUCGGAGCGGCGGUCAGCCAGUCGCUCACCGACCUCGCCAAGUACACCAUCGGCCGCCCGAGGCCCAACUUCAUGACGGUGUGCGCGCCCAGGGUGUGCACGGGCUACGUGCACGCCAUCAACUGCACGGGAAAGCCGCAGGACGUCACCGAGUCGAGGCUGUCCUUCUACUCGGGUCACUCCUCUUUUGGCAUGUACUGCAUGCUCUUCCUGGCGCUCUACGUGCAGGCCCGGCUGGUGGCCAAGUGGGCUCGCCUCCUCCGACCCACCAUCCAGUUCUUCUUGGUGGCCUUCGCCGUCUACGUGGGCUACACGCGGGUCUCUGAUUACAAGCACCACUGGAGCGACGUGCUGAUGGGGCUGCUGCAGGGGGCGCUGGUCGCCACGCUCAACGUGCGGGUGGUGUCAGACUUCUUCAAGAAGCGUCCUCCACGCCGCGUCAAGCAGGAUCGUGCUGAGAGUGAGGAGGCGGAGAGGAAAGCCAGCCUUCAGUUUGUGGACUCUGAGCACACCAACCAUUACAACUGUCACCCCGUGUGAUGGCGACCAUUGCAACUGUCACCAUGGCAACCAUUGCAACUGUCACCCCGUGUGAUGGCGCCGCACCUCCCCUGACCUACACCCACCCCCUCACCCCUUCACCCACGUCACGCCAUGUUGAAUGUGGUCUUUGGCUCGUGUUUCCUCCAUCUUCCCCACUACCACUACACCCACACUCCUCCUCCUCCUCGCCCUGGAGGGACCGCAGGAAACAAAGAUGGCCGACGUGGAGGCGACAAGAUGGCGGUCAAGACGCUGUGGCGGUACGUCGCAAAAGUCUCUCUUCACUU